AUGAGGAACGUAAAGAAAAUUCCAAUUGUCCCUGAUACUUUUUCUGCUGCGAAUCCACCGAAGCAGAUGAAGAAGAAGCUGGGGGGAGGAGUGAUAGGGAGCUCAGCCCUACUCGAAGUACCGAUACCCAAUACUGGGCAUCCCAGGGGUACUCGAUCUGCGGCGAGGAAGCGUCGUAGCUCCUCCCAGACUACUAGCAAUAGUCCGGUGGCCAAAGUGCCACGGAUAUCCUCAUCUAGGGAUGAUACUGCGGUGGGGCAGACUGUCCCCUUCACCACAGUGGACCCGUCAAGUGGGGCCGGGGCUACUCCUUCGGCGAGUAGUUCCGAUGUAAAUGUUGCCGGUGAUGCGGGUAAGCAGGCUAUGAUUGUAAAGCCUGCCCGCAAAUUUGGCAUCAAGGGGCUUACUCUGAUAAGAGCUCCUAUAGAUGCAAUCUUGGAUGAGAACGUGGAGGCUGAGAGCCACUCAGCUUCCCAAUCGGGGGAGGAGAAGCCCCCGAGCACUCCAGACAUAAGUGCUCAAGAUGCGGAGGCGAUGGCCAACUCCAUGCUUCGGGAUUCUCCUUUGCCCAAUCCUGAGAGGGCCAAUGAGGAGAUCCCAGAGGAUGGCGGAAGUGGCAAGCUUCCAGAAGGAGGAGAAGGCAAGAAGCUUCCUGAGGGAGGCAAUGAUAAACAGCCCGAGAAGCCCCCUGCAGGAAAUAUUGUAGGGAGGAUUGGAGAUGUGCCCAAGAGGGCCGUAGCUGAGGUGCUGGCGAAUAAAAUAGAGAAGCUCAAGAAGAUCAAGGAGGACUCUGAUCGGGAGGCGGCGUCGACUCUCCAGCAGCUCAAGACCCUGUCGGAGUCACGAGACUCGAUGCAUCGAGAACUCGUGGGGCUGAGAGAGGUCAGGGAUGCCGCCCUAGAGGUGGCCGAGGCCAUGGAAAUCCUACAAAAGGAUGGAGAUGAACCGCUCACGCUGGCUGGGAGGCUUUGCAGAGUGCCCGGGGCCUUUGAGAGGUUUGUCUCCACCAUCACCCGCCAGUACGUAGGUCACGUUGUUAGUGAGGCGCUGGUGCCUGAACGCCCUUUUCUGAUUGAACAGGCGACGAUGCUCAUAGAGGUCUUCCGGUGGAUGCUGCUCUUCCAGUUGGACAGGUUCAUCGUGGAGGCACUACAGAGCGAAGCACAUGCGGAAGCACAAGAAUCAGUUGUUGAGAUGACACAGCAGCAUAAGGGUGCGCCAAUACACAUCGACGAAAUGAUCGGCACCGUCAGAGCUGCGCUGAGGUCGGCGGCAGGCGGCGAUCUCGAUUUCUCACCAUACGACACCGCGUGGGUCGCGCUUGUGAGAAAGCUGGACGGUGGAGAAGGCCCGGAGUUCCCCUCGUGCAUCAACUGUAUCGCUAGGAACCAGCUCCCAGAUGGCUCAUGGGGCGAUGACGCCAUCUUUGUAGUCCAAGACCGGCUCAUCAACACCUUGGCUUGCGUCAUUGCUCUGACAACUUGGAAUGUUCAUAGUGACAAGUGCAACAAAGGCUUGUCGUUUAUCCAUGAAAAUAUGAAGAGACUACAUGAGGACGAUGAGAAUUGGAUGAUGGUCGGUUUUGAGAUGACCUUCCCAACGCUGCUAGAGAUGGCCAAGGAUGUAGGCCUUGACAUGCCUUAUGAUGAGCCCGCGUUGCAAGACAUAUAUACGAAAAGAGAACUGAAACUCGCUAAGAUUCCUAUAGAUGUACUGCACUCCGUACCAACAACUUUGCUUUUUAGCUUAGAGGGAAUGCCAGGUUUAUUAGACUGGGACAAGUUAUUCAAACUCCAGGCUUCAGAUGGCUCCUUCUUGUCUUCACCAGCUGCGACAGCUUAUGCUCUUAUGCAAACAGGCAACAAGAAAUGCCUCGAGUACCUUACCGACGUCGUCGACAAGUUCGACGGGGGAGCACCCUUUAUCUACCCCUUGGAGCUGUUCGAGCGCUUAUGGGUUGUCGAUCGGUUGGAGCGGUUGGGCUUAUCCUCCUACUUUAGGAGCGAAAUUGACAGUUAUUUAGACUACGUUUACAGGCACUGGAGUGUUGAAGGCAUAGGUUUUACGUGGGGCUGCUCGGUGCCGGACAUCGAUAUCACGGCCAUGGGUUUCCGUCUCCUUAGGCAGCACGGCUACCACGUCUCUACUGAGGCCUUAAAGUGUUUCGAGAUGAAGGAUGGUGAGUUCGUUGUGUACCCGGGGCAGUCCAGCCAGUCGGUGACCGCGAUGUACAACCUGUACCUCGCUGCCGACCAGGCCGCCAUCCCCGGUGAUGACGGUGUUGUCCAGCGGGCCAAGGCCUACAGCUACGCGUUCCUCCAGGAGAGGCGCGCCACCGGUGACCUCAACGACAAGUGGUUCAUCUCCCCAGGCCUGCCCAGUGAGCUCGCCUACGGCCUCGAAUUCCCCUGGAAGGCAAAUCUGCCGCGCAUCCAGACGAGGAUGUAUCUGGAGCAGUACGGUGGCAGUGAAAAUGUGUGGAUCGGGAAGAACCUUUACAGGAUGCAUCUGUUCAAGAACGAUCUGUUACUCAGAUUGGCAAAGGCCGAUUUCAGCAACUUCCAGAGACAGUGCCGGCUUGAGUGGCAGGGCCUCAAAAGGUGGUGUGAGAAAAACAAUCUUGAACUGUAUGGGGUGACUCCACAGAGCGCUAUGAGAGCCUACUUCCUAGCAGCAGCCAACAUCUUCGAACCAUACCGAGCGGCGGAGCGGCUGGGAUGGGCGCGCACAGCGGUGAUUGCCCAGGCCAUCUUUUCGUGCUUCCUGAGCAGCAAUGCUUAUGUUACUGAAACCAUGCUGGAAGGGCUCAAUAAUGAACUCACUAGUGCCGGCCACAAUCUUGCAAGGCGUGGAGAGAAGUAUUCGACGACAGAGAAUGGCCUCCUCAAUGCACUUCAUGAGCUGAUCAAUCUCUUUGCACCUGGAGAAGAUGCUUCCAACGAUCUCCGUGAAGCUUGGAAGACAUGGCUAACAGAAUUGACCACGAACGAUGUCCAAGAAUCAUGUGAAGGAAGCACAGCACUGUUGUUAGUUCGCACAGUGGAGAUCUGCUCAGGGAGACACUGUUCAGCUAACCUGAACCUGAAGCUUUCCGAGUAUUCCCAGCUUGAGAAGCUUACGUCUUCCAUCUGCAGCAAAGUUGGCUCUAGGACUCUUUCUCAGGUCAAUCAGAAUGGAACAACAACGGAGAGCACUGAGAAUUUAGAACAGCAAGUAGAUCAGGAGAUGAAAGUGCUGGUUCAAUUGGUUUAUCAGAGCUGUGACGCUAUAACCAGGGCGACCAAGCAGACAUUUUUCCAUGUGACUAGGAGCUGCUGCUACGUUACUCAUUCUUCACCUGAAACAAUCGAUAGUCACAUCUCCAAGGUCAUAUUCGAGGAUGUCAUUUAGGGCAUUUCCAACCAAGAAACUAUACCACGUAGUAGUGUCGAUGACAUGCCAUGUUACAUAGACACCGCCUAAGAAACUAUAGCUCCCAAUGCAUAAUUUGUAAUUGUGGUUACUCCCUCCAUUCAUGGAUGAUAGUCUUGUUUGGAAUGGGCACAAUAACCAGAGUAAAAAAACAUUGCUUAUCAAUCCUACU